AUGGUCAAGACUACCUAUGCUCUCACGCUGUUUACAGCUGUGAGUCUGGCUGCGCCUUUGAGGCAGUCUGGUGGCGGCGGUGGCAGUGAGAACUUGAUCGGUGCUGGCACGGCAGGCGGCAAGGUCAACGAUGUUGUCGCGGGUAUCUUCAGAGAAUUGACCCCUCGUGACAACAAUGACAACACCGACAGUGGCGACAAAGUGAUCAAGCACGGUAGCCUUUUUGAAGAGUUGCCCAUUGUUGGCUCGCUUUUCCAUGAUUCCAAGAAGCAGUCGCGGUCUUUGACUGGAGAUCUUGCGAGCUUACCGUUUCUGGGUGAUCUACUUGGUGGUGGUCAGAACUAUGGUCAAAACCAUGGCCAGAACUACGGACAGAACUACGGCCAAAAUGCUGGGCAGAAUGCCCACCAGAACGAGGGCCAGAACCAUGGUCAAAAUUACGGGCAGAACUAUGGACAAAACGCCGGACAGAACGCUGGCCAAAAUGCUGGCCAGAAUGCUGGUCAGAAUGAGGGUCAAAACCACCUGCAGAACUACGGUCAAAACGAUGGCCAGAAUUACGCCCAGAACCACAAGCGAGACCUCAAUCUGGCCAGCCUGCCUAUUAUCGGCAAGUACCUCGCUGGCGACGAAAAGCAGCAUGGCCCUGUUAACAGCCACACCUACACUCAAACGAAGAAUCACCAGGAAUCUCGCAUCGAGAACCGUAUGGAGGGAUCUCACGGAAUCGAAGGUUUCGCCAACCCUUACAGUGUAAACGAUAUGGCCGAGACUAUCCCGGACAGUGUUGCUGGUUCCUCCGCGGAUACCCUCAAAGCUGGUCUGGGAGCCGCCAUGGAUGCCAUCCCUCUUCCCGUGGAUCGCCGUGGUCUGAUGCAGGAUCUGACUGCGCUUGGGGGCCAACAUGCCGAGAAGUCUGAUGAAGACCAAACCCCUGAGGAGAAACCUGCUGAGAAGGAGGAAAAGUCUGCCAGCACCACCGACGAGGCCAAGCCUGCCGAGAAGAAGGAAAAGUCCGACAGCACCACUGACGAGGCCAAGCCUGCCGAGAACGAAGACAAGACCAAGAAGCCUGCCAAAGACAAUUCCCUCGACCUCAAGGAGAUUGCCAAGGAAGCUGGUCUCGAUCAGCUCUUCAGCAAGAACACAGAGCACGGCGUUGGUCUGUUCCCACUAACCAGUCAGAUGAACGGACGCCGUGAUACUACUAUCGAGACUCGAGGUGCCCCUCCUAUCCAGGGCUCUACCCUCACCGAUGUCUUGCUGCAAACCGGUGCUCUAGGCAAGAUCAGCCACAUGCUUGACCCCUACACACCCGCUAAGCAACCUGGUGAGAGCGACCCCACGCAGCUUGGUGAUGGUAGCUCCAUGGCUGCUCCUGGUCAACCAGGUUCUCCUGCUGGCUCUGGUGCCGCUGGACCUCAUGAUGGGCCUGGUUACGCUGCUGAGCACGGCAAACUGCAGCACUAG